AUGCCUUCGAGAGCGGUCAAUCGUCCCGUCAAUUCGAAGCUGAAGGAGCAGGAUAUCAACUCUAAACUGCAACUGUUCGGGAUAUAUCAGGGUUUCAAACAUGGCAAAUUACCAUCGAACAAACAAUGCGAUAUCGCGUUGAACAGCGCACUAGCAUCCAAGGCGCUCUCGUCGCCCUCCAAAGAGCUCUCUGAAGAGGGCCAAGCCCUCGUUCAGGAUGUCCGGAAUGUCAUCGAGGAAGCCAAGAAGCUGCUGCUGAGCAAGAAUGACGGCCAAUUGCUGCAGGAGUUCAUCUGGUCCGCCAACACCAUGUCCAAAGACGAGGUUGACGGAAGAGCCAACGUCGGCAUGACCAAGGAUGGCGCCAAACAGGACGGUCAAAAGGGCCUCGAGGGCUUAAAAACCCUGGGGACUCUCUUGGUCACAAACGGCCAGUUCCGCAAACUCCUCAACGACGCGAUGAUUAUCGCCCGGGAUAUCGCGGGCGAUGUAUCGCAAAAGGCCGCCAACAGGGUGCGCCCGUCGGAGGACCAGCUGUCUCAGGUUGACGAGCCGGCCGAGGAGAACACCUGGCACGAGGCCCCUGAUUUCAACAAGCACAAGGACCAAAUGAGGUCAAAGUUUAAGAAGAGCAAGGAAUCGCAAGCAUCCGAGGUGGCGGAUUCCGGGGUGAACGAGGCUACCGGCGGCCAGGACCCUUCUUCCACCGCCGACAUCGAUGGUCGAGCGGGUGCCCGCGAAGGGGCCGAGAAGUCCAAGCGCAAGCUUUCGGACAACAUCUCCGAAUCGACCAAGUCCCGCGCACGCGAAAUGUCCGAGAAGACCAAGGGAUACCUGCAGGAGAAGAUCCCCCAGGAGCGCCGCGACCAGACCAUCUGGCGUCUGAAGCGUGUGGUGCUGGAGAUUCAGGGCCACGCCGACUACCAGCAGGCCAUCGAGACCAUCCUGAGCCUGGUCGAGAAGUACGGCAGUACCUCACGACAUGCCUCCAAGCAGGGCGCUGGCAUGGUUCAAGGCGUCCGUGGUAACAGUAAGGUUCAAACUAUGGAAACCAACCUCCGUGUCUUGGUCGAACGAUUUGCCAACAGCACCUCCCUGGAUGACCUGUUCGACUCCUUGGAGACCAUUUACCGUGAUGCGGAUAAGGAUGCGGAGCUCAAGGGAUGGUUCAAAAACAUGGACCAUUUUAUCAGGAAAUGCCUGCAGGAGCAGGGCUACAUCGUCGAGGAGGACUGUAACCGGGAAUGGGAUCAGUUGGCGGAUCACGGCAAGUACCUGCUGCGUGAGCGGUACCGCAGCCACACAGACCGUGUCUUGGACGAGUUCAAGUUCGUUGGAGACCAGUUCAGCAAGGAUCCUCAGAACAAAGCCUUUAGCGACUCGAUGGAGAAGCUAUUCAAUGACCUGGGCCGGGAUCCUCAGGGCAAUGUCGCCUUCAAGAAGCACCUGCUGACGGAUGUCGGAAACGUGAUCCUCCCGGGUCUGUUUGAGAACAUCCGCUAUGUGCCCGUCCCCCGUAUCGAGGUGAUGGACCAGAUGGCGGAUAUCGUGGUGGAGAAUCUGGUGAUCGAGAGCGACAACCUGAUGCCGAACGUGGUCGAGUUCGGCAGCGACAACUACUUCCGCUGGGGCCGCAAGAAGAUCAGCAGCAAGCGCGACAACAAGAUCAUGAUCUCGGUGUCGGGCAUCCAGGCGGACCUCCGCGACGUCAGCUACUACAUCCACAAGAAGGAGGGCUUCCCUGCGGUCACGGAUAUGGGUGUCAUGGACAUCCUGCUGGGCGGCGAGGGCUUCGGCUUCAAGAUCGCGGCCUCGACGGCGCACAAGGCCGACCAGCAGAAUUUCGUCAAGCUGGACAAGGUGACAGUCAAGAUCGACCACCUGGACAUCAAGCUGCGGAAGUCCAAGCACAAAUUGCUGUUCACCCUCUUCCGACCCAUGCUGCACAACGUGGUGCGCCCCGUCCUGCAGAAGGUACUCGAAGAGCAGGUGCGGAACGCCUUCCAACGCGGCGACGCCUUCGCGCGCGAGAUCCAAUCCGAAGUCAAGCGCGCUGAGGCCGCGUCCCUGGAAACCGCCCAGGAGGAUCCCUCGCAACUCCCCAACAUCUACUCGCGGUACCUGGACGCCUUCCGUACCAAGAUGGAGAGCAAGAAGCAGGCGACCCAGGAGGGCCCCAAGCGCGACACCAAGGUGCAGACUGUGUUCACGCUCCACGAAUCCAUGUUCCCGGAUAUCCAGCUGCCCGGCGGCAUCUCCACCAAGGCCACCGAGUACACCGAGCUGGCCAAGAAGGGCGAUCGCUGGGAGUCCCCCAUCUUCAGCAUCGGCUCCGCCGGCGAGUCCCAUGACAUCCCCACGCCGGCCACCCCCACCCGCCGGGGCCACCGCACCGCGGACGCGGGCCACACGAACGGCUCUACCAGCGCUGGUCCCCAGAGAGCUACCAACGGCGGUAUCACUAACGGCGGCGCCACCAACGGCAGCGCUAAGCGUGCCACCAACGGAGCCACCAACGGUGCUACCUACGGUGCUACCAACGGCGCCACCAACGGCAGGGCCAAGGCCCACGACAACGGCACCACAACCACAAUGGCGCACGAGGGGCCGACCAUCCCCGGAUCGAAGACCGCGUUCAAUCCCCAAACUGCAUAA